CGGCGGGGGCGCGCGGGCGGGCGCGCGCGGGGGCGGGCCGGGAAAGUUGCGGGCGCUGAGGCGGCGGCGGCACCGGCGGGGCGGGAGCGGCUCCGGGCGCGGCUCCGGGCACCGGGCACGGCGGCACCAUGGACGACUUGGACGCCUUGCUGGCAGACCUGGAAUCCACCACCUCGCAUAUCUCCAAACGCCCAGUUUUUCUCACGGAGGAAACUCCUUACUCGUACCCGACUGGAAACCACACGUACCAGGAGAUUGCUGUGCCACCCCCGGUGCCCCCGCCACCCUCCAGUGAGGCCCUGAAUGGCACCGUGAUCGACCCCUUGGACCAGUGGCAACCCAGCACACCCAGAUACGGCCACCAGCAGCCUCAGUCCCAGUCUCCUAUAUACAGCUCUAGUGCCAAAAGCUCCAGUGCCUCCGUUCCUAGAGACGGGCUCAGCUCUCCUACUCCCCGUGCCAGUGAAGAGGAACACGUCUACAGUUUCCCAAACAAGCAGAAGUCUGCGGAGCCAUCUCCCACAAUGACCAGCACCUCCCUGGGCAGCAACCUCUCAGAACUUGACAGACUCCUUCUGGAACUGAAUGCUGUUCAACAUACUCCUGCCAGUGGCUUCACAGCUGAUGAGGCUGGCAGAAGCCCAUCACUGCCCAGCGUGGCUGGCCCUCACUAUGUUGUGCCAGAGAACAGCAGCUCAGGGGGAGGGAAGGCUGCCCCCCCAACAAAAGAAAAGCCAAAGCGAAAUGGUGCUCGUGGGAUCGAAGAUGUGCGUCCCAGCGUGGAGAGCCUGCUGGAUGAGCUGGAGAGCUCCGUGCCAAGCCCAGUGCCUGCAAUCACUGUGAGCCAGGGCGAGGUGAGCAGCCCCCAGCGUGUCACCGCCAGUCAGCAGCAGACCCGAAUUUCUGCUUCUUCGGCUACACGAGAACUGGAUGAGCUGAUGGCAUCUCUCUCUGACUUUAAGUUCAUGGCACAGGGAAAAGCCGGGAGCAGCUCCCCUCCAUCCACAGCCUCCAAGCCUGGCAGUCAGCUGGAUACCAUGCUGGGAAGUCUUCAGUCUGACCUGAACAAACUGGGUGUAGCUACGGUUGCCAAAGGUGUCUGUGGAGCCUGCAAGAAGCCUAUUGCUGGGCAGGUCGUCACAGCCAUGGGGAAAACCUGGCACCCCGAGCACUUCGUCUGCACCCACUGCCAGGAGGAGAUCGGGUCCCGGAACUUCUUUGAGCGGGAUGGGCAGCCCUACUGCGAGAAGGACUAUCACAACCUCUUCUCUCCUCGCUGCUACUACUGCAACGGGCCCAUCCUUGAUAAAGUGGUGACAGCUUUGGACAGGACAUGGCACCCUGAACACUUUUUCUGUGCUCAGUGUGGAGCUUUCUUUGGACCUGAAGGAUUUCACGAGAAGGAUGGCAAAGCCUAUUGCCGCAAGGACUACUUUGAUAUGUUUGCUCCCAAGUGUGGAGGCUGUGCCCGGGCUAUCUUGGAAAACUACAUCUCUGCCUUGAACACCCUGUGGCACCCCGAGUGCUUUGUCUGUCGGGAAUGUUUCACCCCGUUUGUCAACGGCAGCUUCUUCGAGCACGACGGGCAGCCCUACUGCGAGGUGCAUUACCACGAGCGCCGCGGCUCGCUCUGCUCCGGCUGCCAGAAGCCCAUCACAGGACGCUGCAUCACUGCCAUGGGCAAGAAAUUCCACCCAGAACACUUUGUCUGUGCCUUCUGCCUCAAGCAGCUCAACAAAGGAACCUUCAAAGAGCAGAACGACAAGCCCUACUGCCAGAACUGCUUCCUCAAGCUCUUCUGUUAGAGGCACCAUAGAUGGGCGCUAAAGCAUCUUUCUGCCACCCCCUUGGCAGUUCUGUCUCUCUGAACAUUACUGUGAUUUAUGAACCUUACCAGGCAGGGGAGGAGGGGGG